UCCUAUUUUGAGGGCUGCCCUGUCUUGCACUGUUUUACAUUGACUGGAGCGAAGAGACCCCGUCCCCCUUCACCUGGAGACUUCCUUUGGUGGAUUUCCUCCAGCAGUCGGUCAGUAGGAAAUUAUGCAGGUCGUUGGUCCCCUCUUUUUCUCUGUAAACGCCUGUCCCAGUUUGUUUUGUUUUAUUCAUGCUCUCGGCAAAGGUGCGUCACAUCCAGACUCUCUGGUUCUUGACGGUGAAGCAGUUCCCUGUUAAAGACAGAAAGAUGUGUCAGAAUGGGAGCAUGUUUCAAAAAAGAGAACAGUCCAAAAAUAUUUGUAGUGGCUUUUUUUUCCCCCCUUUGUAUUCCUAUAAUACAUUAAUCAGGAAAACUCUAGAACUGAUUUUACAAAACAGUUUUUAAGGGCGACUAACAUAUUCCAGGAUAUUUUAAAAGACAUUAAAAAAAAUUCUGCAACAUAGUCACCGUUGUUCAUAGUAUAUCAUGUAAAAUGAUACAGUGAGAUGCUGAUGUGUGUAAGUGGGAAAGCCAUAUUCUUGGUGGCAGAUGAAAUACAUUAUUCAGGGCCAUUUUGUGGAUUAAGUAAAUCCUCUCUCUGUCUUUUGUGUUCCCUUGCAGUGGCGAAGGCACAGUGUUAAAGAACAGAGAAAUGAUCCUUAAUCAUUUAGCGUUUUGUCUCCACCACCCACCAGAGAAUGAAGUGGGGAAAGAAGUGAAAUUCAGUGCAGUUUUGUAACCUAGAGAAUCCUUUAUGUAUUUGCUUUAGUGUUCAGUGUGUUUUUCUACAAGUUACAUAGAUACAAAUUGGGGGAUGGUGUCUAUGAUACCUUCAUGAUGAUAGAUGAAACCAAGUGCCCACCCUGUUCAAAUGUACUCUGCAAUCCUUCCGAACCACCUCUACCCAGAAGAUUCAAUAUUACCACUGAGCAGCUGACGAGCGACCAUGCUCAGCGCUUUCUGAAUGGAGGUGACAUGAAGGUGGAGCAGCUGUUUCAAGACUUUGGCCACAGCAGACCCGAUACUCUUCAGUCAGCUGGCAUCACCGACUCUGAAAAAUGCUCUCCUACCGUUUCUCAGGGCAAAAGUUCAGAGAGCUUGAAUAUGGUGAAGUCCAGCAGUUCAUCCAAAGCUCCUAAAGUAGUGCCUCUGACUCCGGAACAAGCCCUGAAGCAGUAUAAACACCACCUCACUGCUUACGAGAAGCUGGAAAUCGUCAAUUAUCCAGAAAUUUACUUUGUGGGGCCAAAUGCCAAAAAAAGGCAUGGGGUUGUUGGUGGUCCCAAUAACGGGGGGUAUGAUGAUGCAGAUGGGGCCUACAUUCACGUACCUCGAGACCACCUAGCGUAUCGGUACGAGGUGCUGAAAAUUAUCGGCAAGGGGAGUUUUGGACAGGUAGCCCGGGUCUAUGAUCACAAGCUUGGGCAAUAUGUGGCCCUGAAGGUGGUACGCAGUGAGAAACGCUUCCGUCGCCAAGCAGCUGAGGAGAUCCGGAUUUUGGAGCAUCUUAAAAAACAGGAUAAAACUGGUAGCAUGAACGUUAUCCAUAUGCUGGAAAGUUUCACAUUCCGGAACCAUGUUUGCAUUGCCUUUGAAUUGUUGAGCAUAGACCUUUAUGAGCUAAUUAAAAAAAACAAGUUUCAGGGUUUCAGCGUCCAGUUAGUGCGCAAGUUUGCCCAGUCCAUUCUGCAGUCCCUGGAUGCUCUCCACAAAAAUAAGAUCAUUCACUGUGACCUGAAGCCAGAAAACAUUCUCCUGAAACACCACGGGCGCAGUGCAACCAAGGUCAUUGACUUUGGGUCCAGCUGCUUUGAGUACCAGAAGCUUUACACGUAUAUCCAGUCUCGGUUCUACAGAGCUCCAGAGAUCAUCUUAGGAAGCCGCUACAGCACGCCCAUUGACAUCUGGAGUUUUGGUUGCAUCCUUGCAGAACUUUUAACAGGACAGCCUCUCUUCCCUGGAGAGGAUGAAGGAGACCAGUUGGCCUGUAUGAUGGAGCUUCUAGGGAUGCCGCCACCAAAACUUCUGGAGCAAUCCAAACGUGCCAAGUACUUUAUUAAUUCGAAGGGCCUACCUCGCUAUUGCUCUGUGACCACUCAGGCCGAUGGGAGGGUUGUGCUUGUGGGGGGCCGCUCACGUAGGGGUAAAAAGCGGGGUCCCCCAGGCAGCAAAGACUGGGUGACAGCACUGAAAGGGUGUGAUGACUACUUGUUUAUAGAGUUUUUGAAAAGGUGUCUUCAUUGGGACCCCUCUGCCCGCCUGACCCCAGCUCAAGCAUUAAGACAUCCUUGGAUCAGCAAGUCUGUGCCCAGACCUCUCACCACAGAAAAGGUAUCAGGGAAACGGGUGGUAAAUCCCACAAACGCUUUCCAGGGACUGGGUUCCAAACUGCCUCCAGUUGUUGGAAUAGCCAGCAAGCUUAAAGCUAACCUGAUGUCAGAAACCAAUGGAGGUAUACCUCUGUGCAGUGUAUUGCCAAAACUGAUUAGCUAAUGGACAGCUGUGUGCUCAGAAAUGCAUAUACGUGUAUUUUUAAUUAUCUUGCAAACCUACAAAUGGAAGGGAAAAACAGUAUAAGCCCAUCGGUAGAUACGUUUUGUUAGACUAGACUUCCUUUUUUUAACAGACAAAACAUUUUUAUAUGACUGUAAAAACUCUUCAAGGGCUGAUUACCUAACCAGCUUGUAUUGGCCACCCUGAAAUAUACAUUAAAUGACUUUUUAUAGGUCA